AUGGCUGUCGGGCAGCUCUCCGACCAAAUCUGGUACUGGGGUAAUGUUGACAAAUCUACAGUUACUGAGAUCAUGCAAGAUCAACCAGAAGGGACGUUCAUGGUGCGAGAUGCGUCCUCUCCAGGAGAUUAUACGUUAACUGUCAGAUUUGGUGGCUGUACAAAACUGGUCAGAAUACAUGUGUACAAAGGAAGAUGUGGUUUCGCUCUAGAAUCUCUCACUCAUGACUCAGUUGUAAGCCUUAUUGAGUUCUACAGAACAAGAUCGCUCAAGUGUUACAACGCUCAGCUGGACGUGUGUCUCAAAUAUCCAUUACCACGUCGUAAAAACUCUGUGUGGGGAACUGAUGCGCCCUCUGUUUCGUCGUCGGUUUCGCCUCCGGUGCCGGCUUUCAAUCCCGAUUGGGAACUUCGACUGGGUUUGGAACGCCUUAGAAUAUGUCAAACAUCAGUUGAUCGUGCUGCUCGUCUGUUUGAUGCUGUCCAUGAGGAAAAGAAAAUGGCUGAUGAUCUUCACUAUGAGUACACUCAAGCUAUUGUAGAUUUGGAGCGGAAAGUUAAACAACUCGAAGAUGUCUUAAGCACUCUUCAAAGCUGCAGAGAGUCUAAUGAUGAAACUGAUCCUAAACGUGUCCACACGUUUAAGGCUAACUCUGAGCUUGUGGAAAUGGGAAUAAAGAAGUUGAAGGAAGAGCGUGAAUUCGUGGUAGACCGUCGUGCUAAGGUGGCGAAAAUCAUAGAAGAUUUGGAGCAAGCUUCAGCUCAUGCGAAGGAGCGUCUUGUCUCCUGUCAUAAUACACGCAAUCAAUCUUACGCAGAUCUCUAUAAAAAAGGAGUACCGAAGCAAAAGUUGGGAGAAACGAUAGAACAUGCAACAAGCAUGCUAGAAAAGGAGUCCCUGCAAGCCAGUGAACUGCUCGCCGAUAUUUCACUGACAUGGGAACCGGCAAACUACCUUGUGAAUGAUCCCUCAAAGGAAGCAGCAGCAGCACUUAUUUCACGCGCUCGUGCUCGUCGCUUGGAGAAGAUGGGUCCGAACCAAACAACAGAUGGCAUUUUUUUGAUUCGUCCUUCUGCUUCACAGGCCAACAAGCUUGUGCUCAGUGUGCUCCAUGGAGAACGAUUGUCUCACUGCCUCAUCGGACAGACCUCACAGGGAUGGGGUUUUGAUAAUGGUGGAGUUUAUUUCGUUACUAUUGGCGACUUUGUUCGUUAUUAUGCUCAUACUUCGCUGGAGGAGCAUAAUUCUGAAAUCAAAACAACGCUAACUAUGCCAGCCUUAUGA